AUGUCACGCAAACGCAAACAAAGCACCACCCAACCAACCGCCGUCGCCGCAGAAGUCCUCUCACAACCCCCCAAAGCCCUCAAAAAACUGCUUCACUGGAAUGACCUCCCAAGCUGGCAACGCGACAACCACCACAUCCACACGGGCUACCGACCAGCCUCCUUCUCCUUCUUAAUCUCCUUCCAAUCGCUGACCUACCUGCACAAUGAAACCGUCAACAUCUAUACCCACCUCCUGCCAGCAAUCAUAGCGAUCCCAUCCGCAAUCGCCCUGCACAAUGCCAUCGCCCCGCGGUAUGAAACAGCAACGCAAGCUGAUAUAAUUGCGUUCAGCUGUUAUUUCGCAGGCGCCGCAGCAUGUCUGGGAAUGUCUGCGACAUAUCAUACGAUAUCCAAUCACUCCCCGCUCAUCGCGCGUAUCGGAAACACAUUUGAUUACAUCGGUAUCGUGGGCUUGAUCGUCGGUUCCUUUGUCCCCAGUAUCUAUUAUGGCUUCUAUUGCGAUCCAGACCUACAGAAAUUCUACUGGACCAUGAUCUGCACAAUCGGGCUGGGUUGCAUCAUCAUCUCGAUCUUCCCUCAAUUCCGCACACCGAAGUGGCGGCCGUUCCGCGCGUCUAUGUUCUUGGGGAUGGGAUUGUCGGCUGUUUUCCCCGUGUUGCACGGGUUGCGACUAUUCGGUUUUGAAUUGAUGAACCAGCAGAUCGGGUUGGGUUGGUUGUUGAUGCAGGGAGGAUUGUAUAUCCUGGGUGCGGGGAUAUACGCAUCGCGCGUGCCGGAGAGGUUAUAUCCUGGCGGGUUCGAUAUUCUGGGCCAUUCGCACCAGAUAUUCCAUAUACUGGUUGUUUGUGCAGCGGGCGCACAUUUGAUGGGGUUGUUGAGGGCAUUUGACUACCGGCAUAGUAUUGCGGGUGGUUGCAUUGGGAUGUAA